AUGGCCUCCCACCGCAUCGGCGCCCGCGUCGCGGGCCUCUCGCCAGAGCAGCUGUGCGCCAUCAUCGAGGCGCAGGCGGGCGCGAGCGACGCCGCGCUGCGCGUGGCGGAGGAGCACGCCGCACGGCUCGUGGAGCAGCCCGAGUGGGUGCUCUCCGAGGUCCUCCUCUCGCCGGACCUCGCCCCGCACAUCCUCGCCCAGCUGCCGACCAAGGAGCACGCCGCCAAGGGGACGGGCCGCUUUUAUGGACCCGGACGGGACGGAGCUAAGUGCCUCGCCGUCGUCCUCGCAGGAGUCGCUUAG